AUGUAUGGGGAGGGAAUUUUAAAAGGGUACAAAAACGGCAUUCGGAAAGUUUUCGGAAAGGUAGGAGAUAUCAAGGGAGGAAACAUAUUAUUCCACUGUACUGCAGGCAAAGUUCGUACAGGCGUUGUCGCUGCAUUAAUACUUGCUUUCUUUGGUGCCUCGAAGGAGGAAAUUACGCUGGAUUAUGCAUUAACACGUAUUGGGACUGAACCACAUAGAGAAAGCUUGUUACAAGAGAUGUCGAAAUGGGUAGGAGAGAAAGGUUUGGAACAGCCGGACUAG